CACAGUGCACGGUAGGGGGCGGUAUGUGCUCGUGGCGCCAAACCACCAAUAAACGAGGAAGAAAGAGGCUCCUUCGUCUGCUGUAAGAUGGUUCAUAUACAGCUCUGGAAAAAAUUAAGGGACCACUGCAAAAUGAUCUGCAUAUCUGGAUAUACCAUUUAUAGAUCAGCUCCUCCAUACCACACAGCGAUCAUGAUUCACCUCUGCAGUGAAGACACUCCCACAGCAAUUCACCAAUAAAUGCUGUGAUUAUUUCCAUCAUCCAACAAGUGAAGAAAGAAAAAAGUGGUUUAUAAAGAGGAACAACUCCAAGUGUGAACCACUGAAGUUUACUGGCAUACUAUUAUAAAAAUGCAGUGUGUUAAAGAAGAGUUUAAAGAGGAGAGUGAAGACAUCAGUAUAACAGAUACAUGUAGAAUUAAACAUGAAGAUACUGAAGAACAAAGAGAUGUGAUUGAAGUAAAAGAAGAAGGUCAAGGACUGAAUGACGUGGAGGAGAAACACCAUCAGUAUCAGGCAUCUGAUCAUUUCGUCACUGGUGAAGAAUCUUCUACUGUCUCAAAGACUGAAAAUAAUUUCUUACAGAAAAGAACUCAAAAAACAAGAGGCAAAAAAACGUACACCUGCUCUCACUGUGGAAAGAGUUUUGCACAAAAAGGAACCCUUAACGCUCACUUAAAAUUUCUCACUGGAGAAAAGCCUUUCACCUGCCUUCAGUGUGGAAAAACUUUUGUGCAAAAAGGAGACCUUAAAUGUCACAUGAUAGUUCACACUGGAGAGAAAUCUUUCACCUGCCAUCUGUGUGAAAAGAGUUUCACACACAAAAAAAACCUUAACACUCACUUAAAAUGUCACACCGGAGAGAAGCCUUUCUCGUGCUUUCAAUGUGGAAAAAGUUUCACAUUUAAAAGAGGCCUUAAGUGUCACAUGACAAUUCACACUGGAGAGAAGCCUUUUACAUGCCCUCAAUGUGGCAGGAGUUUCAGAGACAGAGGACACUUUAAGAGUCACAUGAGAAUACACACUGGAGAGAAAUCUUUCACUUGUCAUCAGUGUGGCAAGAGUUUCACACACAAAAGAAACCUUAACACUCACUUAAAACGUCACACUGGAGAGAAGCCUUUCUCGUGCUUUCAAUGUGGAAAAAGUUUUGCAUUUAAAAGAGACCUUAAACGUCACAUGCAAAUUCACACUGGAGAGAAGCCUUUUACAUGCCCUCAAUGUGGCAAGAGUUUCAGAGAGAGUGGACACUUUAAGAAUCACAUGAGAAUACACACUGGAGAGAAGCCUUACACAUGCCAUCAGUGUGGCAAGAGUUUCACACAAGUAGGCCAUCUCACACUUCAUCUGCAGUAUCACUCUGGAUUGAAGCCAUUUAACUGUGAUCAGUGUGGCAAAACAUUUAUGCUGGCAUCACAUCUAAAGGCACACUUGAUUACUCAUACUAAUGAGAAACCUCACGUGUGUUCGUUUUGUGGAAAGAGUUUCGAUACAUCAUCAAACCUGAAAACACAUGUAAGAGUGCAUACUGGAGAGAAGCCAUACCACUGUACUUCAUGUGGGAAGAGUUUCAGCUCAUCAAGUAAUCUACAGACUCAUUUAAAAAAGCAUUGUCCAAAACUGUCAUUGUGACAGGUGAAGCGAAUAACAUUUAUUAUCUCAUUGCAAUGGCACCUGUCAAGGGGUGGGAUAUAUUAGGCAGCAAGUGAACAGUCAGUUCUUGAAUUUCAUGUGUUGGAAGCAAAAAUGGGCACCCGUAAGUAUCUGAGCGACUUUGACAAGGGCCAAAUUGUGAUGGCUGGACGACUGGGUCAGGGUGUCUCCAAAACGGCAGGUCUUUGCAGUGGUUAGUACCGACUGAAAGGGGUAUAAGGACGGACAAUCGGUGAACCGGCGACAGGGUUAUGGGCACCAAAGGCUCAUUGAUGCGUGUGGGUAGCAAAGGCUAGCCCGUCUGGUCCGAUCCCACAGUAGAGCUACUGUAGCAGAAAUUGCUGAAAAACGUAAUGCUGGCCAUGAUAAAAAGGUGUCAGUACACACAGUGCAUUGCAGCUUGCUGCGUAUGGGGCUGCGUAGCCGCAGACCGGUCAAAGUGCACAUGCUGACCCCUGUCCACUGCCGUAAGCGGCUACAAUGGGCACGUGAACGUCAGAACUGGACCAUGGAAGAAUAUUAUUCGGACAUUAAUUUCCCAACGCAGUGCGCACCCGUGUGGGAGUUUCUGCAGACCGUUGUCUACAAACUCACAGGACCAGAAUCCCCUUCAAUAAGACUGCUACGUGGUUAUUUGUCAUGCUAAGCAGUACUGGAACCACAUUUGUUAUGUGAGUUUGUAUGAAGAAGAAAGUUGUCAAACCUACCUUAAACAAUUUAUUUAUAUAUAUAAAUAUAUAUUUUAGCUGUUAGAUGCUCCACUAUCUUCACCAGCUGGUUGCAGAGGUUGACCAAGCUGAUAAUGCAUUUUUAUACGUGUGCCACUGUGUUCUUGUGCCACUUUCUGUUAACCUUAUUGUUGUAAUGUUAAAUGUACUGUUGAAACAAAGCUAUUUAUGUAAUUUUUUUUAAGGUUUGUUAGCAUAAAUUGGAUGAAUUGAGAUGGUUUAUUUGCUGUUUUAUUGUUUAAAGAGAAUGAAAAUAUGCUUAUAUACUUAUGCUUUCUCUAUAAAACACGAUUUCUAUUUUUUGUCUGUGUAUAGUUACAAUAAUGGAAGGUAGUAAAAUAUGAAACUAUGACAUACUCUCUGCAGUAAAGCGAAGUAAACCUGAGUUGUUAUACAGGUGAAACUCGAAAAAUUUGAAUAU